CCGGAACAGAUUGUGCAGCGGGCUCUGGUCUAUCGUUAUACUCUCGGCUUAGUUACAGCUAAGCUAGUUUAAGAAUAACAUUUUUACAUUUCAUUUAGUGAAAAAUAACAUUUUAAAACAAGAAGUCAAACCGACAACAGAGGAUGCCGCUGCCUGUGCAGGUGUUUAAUUUUCAGGGGUCUGUGGAGCCCAUGCAGAUUGAUGCAGACCCUCAAGAGGACCAGCAGAACGCUCCAGACAUCAACUACAUUGUGGAGAAUCCUACACUG